GAACGAACAUGAUAUUUUAAAAUAAGAAAUUGGGACCAAAGUAGCAAAGCAUAACCCACCCCAAUUUAAUUAUUUUCGUUAAAUACCAUCCCACAUUUUUUCAUAAUAUUUUAGUUGGGUUUCAAAUCCCGUUGAUGUGCCAUUUGAGAAAAUAAAAAUGUUGAGGCCCAAUUUUCGGCAAUAAAACCAUAAGCCGCCUCAACAUCUUCCUUCAGUUGAGGUAUAAAAUUUAGGGUUUCGCAGCCGAUUGUAAACCCUCGCUCAUUUCAUCGCCGCAGCAGCAGCAGAAGAAAAAUGGUUUCGAUUCGUCAACCGUGAGCUAGUUUUUCUUCCCCGUGAGCUCUUUCCGCCUCAAAUCUACGUUCAAUUACUCCGCCUCGUCAUCCACCGUUCUAACUUGCGCCGCAGCAGGGAGGAGGCAGGAGCUGUGGUGGUGGUGAUACUUUGCUUGUAGGUGUUGGUUUGUUGGCUCAAUAGUUUUGAAAAUGAGCUUAGACAACAGGAGCCGAAGCAGGAGCAGAAGCAGGAGUCCGAUGGAUCGUAAGAUCCGAACUCAACGCUAUUCUUAUCGUGAUGCACCAUAUAGACGGGAAUCAAGGCGGGGCUUCAGUCAGAAUAGUUUGUGCAAAAACUGCAAAAGGCCUGGGCACUACGCUAGAGAAUGCCCCAAUGUGGCCAUUUGUCACAACUGUGGUCUUCCUGGGCACAUUGCAUCAGAAUGCACAACAAAAUCUCUGUGCUGGAACUGUCGGGAGCCUGGCCACAUGGCCGGAAAUUGCCCAAAUGAGGGAAUCUGCCACACCUGUGGGAAGGCAGGACACCGUGCCAGAGACUGCUCAGCUCCUCAGUUGCCCCCUGGUGACUUGAGGUUGUGCAAUAAUUGCUUCAAGCAAGGACACAUGGCAGCUGAUUGUACCAAUGACAAGGCCUGCAAGAACUGUAGGAAAACAGGUCAUCUUGCACGUGAUUGUCAGAACGAGCCUGUCUGCAAUAUGUGCAAUAUAUCUGGGCAUUUAGCUAGAGACUGCCCCAAGGCCAAUAUGCUCGAAGAGAGGGGUGGUGGAGUUCGUGGUGGUGGAGGUAUGGGUGGAGGAGGAGGAGGUGGAUUCCGGGACAUAGUUUGUCGGAACUGCCAACAGAUGGGGCAUAUGAGUAGAGAUUGCAUGGCAAUCACCAUAUGCCACAACUGCGGUGGAAGAGGGCACCUGGCAUUCGAAUGCCCGUCCGGGAGGUUCAUGGACCGAUUUCCCAGAAGGUACUAGGGAUACAAUUAUUUACUCAAUUUUCACAAGUUGCUAGAGAGCGGUGAUCCCCUCGUCCUUUCUUUCUUCUUGUUUCUGUUUGAGUGAGGUUGAUGUUGCACUCGAUUAAUCUUUUCUAUUUAACUCGAUUAGUGUAUUUGUUCACCUUAAUAGACCAGGUUAAAUGUAGUGCCUUUUAACAGCUAUAAGCAUUUUACUUAUAAACUACCUGGAUUUGUUUGUUUCUUGUAGUAUGUUUGGAUUUUAUGGCGGAAGGUGUGUUAGUGUUGGUUUUCA